CACUGGACUCAGUACUUCACUGCAACCGCAGCGUCUGCACUGAUCUCUCUGACUGAUCAUGGCCAGCGACAAGUUCAGCCCAAACAAGACCUACAACUGUGGAACAAACAUUACAAACAACAAAGACCUGAGGAUUGUGCUGGUGGGGAAGACUGGGACUGGGAAGAGUGCUACUGGAAACACCAUUCUGGGUCGACCGUACUUUGAAUCCAAAUGCAGCGCCAAAUCCAUGACUGUAAACUGCUCCAAAUGCUCCAGUUAUGUGGAUGGACAGCAGGUUGCUGUCAUUGAUACUCUAGGUCUGUUCAAUACCAGGUUUGGAGAAGAUAAAACAACCAAAGACCUGAGUCAGUGCAUCUGUUACGCUUCUCCUGGACCCCACAUCUUCCUGGUGGUCGUUGCAAUCGGCAGAUUCACAGAAGAAGAAAAACAAUCAGUGCAAAAGAUCCAAGAAAUCUUUGCAGAGGCAGCAGACAGAUAUAGCAUGGUUCUGUUUACCCGUGGAGACGACCUUGAAGACACCACCAUUGAGGAUUAUUUGUCUAAAAGCCCAGAGCUGCAGGAUCUGGUGUCCAGAUGUAACGGCCAGUAUCAUGUCUUCAACAACAAGCUGAAAGAAACUUUAGCUUGUGAGCUGAAACAGAAGAAACUUCAGGUCACUGAGCUGCUGAAGAAGAUCAGAACCAUUGUUGACAGUAACGGAGGAAGUCACUACACCAAUAAGAUGUUCCAAGAGGCUGAGAGGAAAAUCGAAGAGGAGAAACAACGAAUCCUGACGGAGAAAGAAGAGAAAAUACAUAAAGAGAAAGAAGAACUGGAGAGAAAAAUAAAAGAAAAAUAUGAUGAAGAGAUUGAGAGAAUAUUUGAACAAAUUCAGGCUGAGAGAAAGAGGGAGAAGAAGGAGAGAAAAAGUCAGAUGCAAAGGAGAGAGGCGGAGAGGGAGAGGGAGUUUGCAGCCAUGAAGGAAAAGAAGGAGAGAGAAAUUCAAGAAACAAAAUCCAAGCUGCAGCUCCAGCAUGAAUCUAAGGCCAGAGAAGAAGCUGAGCAAAAUAAUCCUCUUUAUUAUUUGGCUAAAACUGGAGAACUCAUGGUUAAUUUUUUAAAAAACUUUUUUAAAUAAAAUGCUUUUAAAAAUAUAAUUAAGUAGU